GGAAACGUAAUGCACUCUUGAGUUCCAUCUACUGUGAGGAGGAAUGCGGCUUUUCUCUUUUAGCUCUUGGGUUGUUUUUUACGGAAAAAACUUUUAUCGUAAUUAUUAAUCGUGGGUGUAUUUGUAAAUAACAAAUGAACACUCGUGACUGCGAGGAGCUGUCGUUCCAGUCGUGUUUCCGCACACGCAGACGCAGAGACUCACAGCUUCACGUUACAGAGUGGGAAGUUCCUCACAGCGGCUUGACUCAAGAAGAAUGAGGAAACACCAGCAAACACCACGCUCCAAGUUUAGCUAGCAGGUAACCACCCGUGUUUAACAUCUCUCCGAGUUGUCCGGACCCUGAGCGCGGCGGUUUGGUUCCUCUGAAAUUCAGGACUCUUCUCUCAGACCCCAUGGCGGAACCUGCAGUGAGCGACAGUGCGUCACUAAACAAAACAACGGACGCUGGAGGGACGGAGCAUGGCAGCUCCACUCACCCUGAGUACAUAGCCUUCGGCCUGGUGCCCGUCUUCUUCCUCCUAGGCUUGCUGGGCAUGUUAAUCUGCCACAUAUUGAAGAAGAAGGGCUAUCGCUGCACCACAGAUGCUGAGGAACCUGUUGAGCCUGAGGGAGAGGAGGAGAAACAUCUGGAGGACGGAGAUAUCAAUGACACCUACAGCGAGGGCAACACAGACACUGUGGGCCAGAUCGUUCACUACAUCAUGUCAAACGAAGCUAACACAGAUGCCCUGAAGGCCAUGGUUACUGAGAACAGCAUAGACUCUGAUGGAGCUCCUAUAACACCUACCACACCAGCUCCUGCAUCCCCUACGAGCCCCGUGUCACCCGGAGCUCCUGCCGCAGCAGCCAAACACACCUGUAACCACCUUCACACCAUUGGAGGAGUUAUGGGGCACAACAAUACGUGUCACCGCUGCAAUCAAAAGAAAUGGCCCCUCAUGCGGCGCGGCUCGAACAGGAAAGUGGAGCGCCGCUCACAUGCCGGAGAGGUCACCGUGCUGGCAGUUGGCAGGUUCCGCGUGACUAAAACUGACCCACGGCCGACCCGGGAAAGACACACCCUGCUGAUCACUGAGCCUAACGGCAGUGUCCCUGCCACUCCGGUAAAGACCGAGGCAGCUCCACUGAAUAGCAGCACAGAUGCCCAGCCUAAGGCAGAGGCUGAUGAUAGAAAGUGAUGGUCUGGGCGGAGCAAGGUCUGUUAGUCAAGUAUAAUCAAGAGAAAAUUUUAAACAUGUUUUAAACCCAACCACAGCAGAGAGGGAGGAAGUUAACUCCAAGGCUCUAAAGACAAGAUGGUGGUAAAAGAAUGAAGCAAAGUGACCAGGCCUUUUAAUUUGAACGGCAGUAUUAGACUCCACGCUCAUGCCGCUGGGGUUUGUUUGUGUAUCUGGGAAGGGAGGAGGGACGGGCACCAGUUUGUCAGUUAUUCCAUCAGCAUGUCCUUCUCCUCCCUUUAUAAACACACUGCAUCAUUAACCACACACGGAGUCGUUUUGUACAUUUUAAUGUCUGCGAGCGGAUCAAUGGUUAAUCCACAGUCAAACAUACGCUCACAUUACAUUGUAGACUCCAGAAUGGUUAUGUGACCCAAGGUCAUGUGACUCAAUCUACUACUUCCAAGAAAGCAGGGAGUCAUUUUUAAGUGCACCCUUCAAUUUGUUCACUACAGAGAACCAGAAAACCAUCUUGGGUACAAAUUUUAACGAAGCACAUGUCUGAACGAAUCACCUUGUUUGACCCUGCUCCACCUGUCCACCAGAUGGCUUACUGUUUGUAGUUCGUUUUAUAUUUCGCUUUGCCAAACCCUUUGUGCCUUUAACCAGAUCAGCGUGAUGUUUAAUGUAACUUCAGCCAAUGUCUCCAUGCUGGUAUAAAACACUAUGGUUAGUGCGCUAUACUUUCCCAAAUAUCUUCCUGAAGCCAUAUGCAAGAGUAUAUAAUGAUGCAAACAAACAAAUCCUGCUAAAACCUAAAAAGAAAAAAAUCUAGAAAAUGAUAUGGGGAGCUUCUGUGUAAAAUAUAAUACCAAUUCACCUGUGCUUUAGGAAAAUGUUGCACCAGAUCACCCAAACUGCAUGGUUUAUUUACAUUCUAUGUACCUGGCUGGUUACCUCAUAGAAUAAAAAGCACUGUGUUAUAAUCUAAUACAAAUAGAUAAGGAAUACAGUAAUACUAUUAUACUAUUUGUCUACUCUCAUACUGUUUCGUGUUCCAUACAUACCAGUUGUUAAUGUUUAAAAAAACAAACACACACACAUCAGGAAAUAAAUGGCCUAAAUAUAGCUACUGUAUUGGAGAAAGGCUCUUUGAGAUGCUGGGAAUCUAGAUUCAGUACACUUUAGCCAAACCACAUUUGCCAACACUUUUAUUAUGUGAAUUGUAUGAGGUGUGUGUCUGUUGGGGGAAAAGGCGGUGAGCGGUGUGUGAAUUUUAAGUGUACUCUUGUUCAAAUGUUCCCCAAAUGAAUAAAACAUUAAUACAUUUUGGGGCUUUGUAUAUCUACAGCAAACGUCGCAAUACUUUUCUCAGAUAAUCACAGAUGAGCGUAAUUACAGUUACAAAGUUUUAUUUUGGCUUGCAAAACAAAUGAGUGCCAUCUAAUUGCAUAUUAUUAGUAAAGCGUAUCUAUGUAACCUAAGGAGAAUAUUUCCGAAUACAGUUAAUCGAAAAUGUCUCCAUUCAGGUAAUGCUUCUUCCAAACCCCCCCCCCAAAUCUUCCUAAUAAAGAGUGAUGGACUAUUUAAGCACCGUUGAAAAUGAAUUCAUGUUAGCUAGUCCCUGCUACCUCAUUCUUUUAGGAUUUUUUAGGUGAAGUACUUCGUGAAAUUCAAAGACUGAACUGAACCAAAAUAAAUUGACUUGUGAAUUUAGGAAUCAAUAUUUUAAACCAAACAUGUCUAAAAUGUAAAGGAAUAUCGGAAGUCAAAUAAAUGUUUUGCAUUAGAUUUAAAAAAAAAGAAAAAAGAAGGCUGUUAUAGAACAACUAUUGUUUUAAUUGUUUUUGUACCUACAGUUUGUAUCUAUAUUAAAAUGUGUGAAAUUAAAA